AUGGCAGAGUCAAUCACCGAAGGAACCCUUACGCAAUUCAGCAAACAAGUCGGAGAUUUCGUUGAACAAGAUGAGGAGCUUGCGACUAUUGAAACAGACAAAAUUGAUGUGUCUGUGAAUGCUCCUCAUUUCGGAAUCAUCAAGCGGUUACUCGUUCCGAAGGGGAUACAUUUACUGUCGAUCAAUCUAUCGCAGAGCUUCGACCGGAAAAGAAGCCUUCCGCAGAUGGAGCAAAGAACGAUGCACAUGAUAGCUCUACAUUGCCUUCAGAUCGUUCUGAGCCCUAAAUUCAGGAGGUGGAAGCCCCUAAAGUCGAGGCCAACUGAAAGCAAACUGCAGCAAGCACAAAUGAUAGCUCGCGGCAGCAAGGCCAAAGUCCCAAGAACGAGCGAGGAGAGAACAGGGUACGUCUUGGACCAUUUUCGAUACUUUCUACCCUUGGUCCACGAAGCAAAACUAAUGAGGCUCAUCAUCCAGGUAAAAAUGACCCGCAUCCGACAAAAGACAGCACAACACCUCAAAGAGUCACAAAACAAAGCAGCAUUCCUGACAACAUUCAACGAAGUCGACAUGUCCAAGAUCAUCAAAUUCCGAAAGAAAAACAAGGAUAGGAUUUUGGAAAAGCACGGUGUCAAGCUAGGCUUCAUGGGAGCCAUGGCCAAGGCGUCUGUCCUCGCCCUUAAGGAGAUACCAGCGGUCAAUGCAUCCGUUGAGAACAGUGAUACCAUUGUCUACCGGGAUUAUGUCGAUCUCAGUGUCGCUGCCUCCAUUCCAGAGGGCCUUGUCACGCCUGUACUCAGGAAUAUUGAAUCGAUGAGUAUUGUUGAGAUCGAGAAGGGUAUCUCGGAGCUUGUCGCAAAGGCCCGAGAUGGGAAAUUGACAAUGGAGGAUCUUAUGGGUGGAAGCUUUACUAUCAGCAACAGCGGUAUUUGGGGAUCCCUAUUUGGCACUUCAAUUAUCAAUAUGCCGCAGACCGCAGUCUUGGGGACGUACGGUAUCUUGGAUCGGCCAGCUGCUGUCAACGGACGGGCUGAAAUUCGGCCCAUGAUGUAUAUCGCACUGACAUAUGAACAUAGGAUUCUUGACGGUCGCGAGGCUGUCAGGUUCCUGAACACAGUCAAUAAUAACCUCGAGCGACCUGAGAGUAUGCUUUGGGGCUAG